UGUGCUCUCCCUCGCUCCGUCUCAAUUCUCGCACCAUCCCACCACGACGAUUGCGUUUCUCUUUUCCUACCACUUGCAUAUCUAUAGUCCGUGGACUGACUUUCAUUCUUACACUUCCUCCUUUUCUUCUCCUCCUCCUUUCUCCCUUCUCCUCUUUCCCUCUAUCAACCUCCCUCCUCUAAGCCAACCACAUUAUACCCAUCCCAAUCGCAAUCAUGGGAGACGCCAUCAACGCCACUCGCGCGGCCGUCACCGCAAAGUCGGCCACCGAGCUCAUCGGCAACACGCCUCUGGUCCGCCUCAACAAGAUUCCUCAGAGCUUGGGUAUCGAGUGCGAGGUCUACGCCAAGGUCGAGCUCUUCAAUGCCGGCGGCAGUGUCAAGGACAGAAUCGCCCUGCGCAUGAUUGAGGAGGCCGAGCGAACUGGCCGCAUCAAGCCUGGUGACACCCUCAUCGAGCCCACCAGUGGAAACACUGGUAUCGGUCUGGCCCUCGUUGGCGCCAUCAAGGGUUACAAGACAAUCAUCACCCUCCCCGAGAAGAUGUCCGCUGAAAAGGUCUCUGUCCUCCGCGCCCUUGGCGCCACCAUCAUCCGUACCCCGACCCAAGCCGCCUGGGACAGCCCCGAGUCGCACAUUGGCGUCGCUCGCCGCCUUGAGAAGGAGAUCCCCAACGCCCACAUCCUCGACCAGUACGGCAACCUCGACAACCCGCUCGCCCACGAGUUCGGCACCGCCGAGGAGAUCUGGGCCCAGACGGGCGGCAAGAUUGACGCCCUCGUCGCCGGCGCCGGCACGGGAGGUACCAUUUCAGGCAUUGCCCGCGGUCUGAAGAAGCACAACAAGGACGUCAAGAUUAUCGCUGCCGAUCCCCACGGCAGUAUCCUCGCCCUGCCCGAGUCCCUGAACAAGGAGCACGAGAACGAGGGCUACAAGGUCGAGGGUAUCGGCUACGACUUCAUCCCUGACGUUCUCUCCCGCGACCUCGUCGACAAGUGGUACAAGACCGAGGACCGCGAGUCUUUCCAGCUCGCAAGACGUCUCAUCGCCGAGGAGGGUCUUCUCGUCGGUGGCAGCUCCGGCUCCGCCAUGGCCGCCAUGGUUCGCGCCGUCAAGGACCUCGGCCUCGGAAAGGGCCAGACCGUCGUCGUCGUUCUCCCCGACAGCAUCCGCUCCUACCUCUCCAAGUUCGCCGACGACGACUGGCUCGCCGCCAACGACCUUCUCCCCGAGGUCAACGGCCUCGAGACCCAGGCCACCUCCAACGGCAACGCCACCAGCGCAAAGGGCUCCGUCGACCCCUACGAGGGUGCCACCGUCCGCGCUCUUCGCCUCAAGCCCGUCAUGUCCGUCCCUGCGACGAGCCCCUGCUCCGAGGCGUCGGAGAUCAUGCGCGACAAGGGCUUCGACCAGCUCCCCGUCCUGUCCGCGAGCGGCCACAAGCUCGUCGGUCUGGUUACCCUCGGUAACCUGCUCAGCUACAUCUCUUCAGGUCGCGCCACGGGCUCCAGCCCUGUCAGCGACGUCAUGUUCGACUUUGGCCGCUUCGAUGAGGUCGUCACGGAUCCCAGACAGGCCGGCGAGACGGGCGAGAAGAGCAAGAAGAAACGCAACUUUGUCGAGAUUACCCUCGACACCCCUCUCUCGACCCUCAGCAAGUUCCUCGAGUGGAACAGCGCUGCUGUCGUUACCGAGAAGGCCGAGGGCACCAAGAACCUGUCCAAGCCCGUGGCUGUAGUCACAAAGGUCGAUCUGCUCACCUGGGUCGUCAACAAGAAGGCUUAAACGCUUUCCCUCUUUUUUCCUACGAUAAUUGAAAAAAAUCACGACUUGGCCUAUAUAUAGUAUCAAGGCUACGCAUGAGGAUGCAGAUGAUGUUGCUUUUUUACCUGGGUAUCGGCGUUUUGAAAGCGGGCAUAGCAAUGGUGGCAGGGGCAAAUCUUGGGUCGCAUCAACUGACCCCGGUUGGCAGCAUUUGCUUGGAAAUCUUGGGAUGGGAGUAGACUCAACAUCUACAUAGAAAACAGGGCAGCCAGUCUGAUCCUAUAUGGAUAGAAUCACAACCACACAGUUUUUUGCGC